AUGUUAAUGUUUACUGGAAAAUAUAAAGGACAUAAUAUUACUAUUGCUGCUAGUGGUAUGGGUAUGCCUUCAAUUGGUAUAUAUUCAUAUGAGUUAUUUAAAUUUUAUGAUGUUGACUGUAUUAUUCGUGUUGGUAGCGCUGGUUCAUAUCAAAAAGAUGUUAAAGUUUAUGAUAUUAUUAAUACUACUAAAGUAUAUAGUGAAUCUACUUUCGCUAAAUAUGCUGCUAAUAUUGAUGAAAAUCAAAUUGAAUCUGUUGCGAUAGAAACUAGUUGUGAUGAAACUAGUGUUGCUGUUAUUAAAGAUAAAAAGGUUUUAAGUAAUAUUAUUGCUUCACAAAUUAAGCUUCAUCAACAAUAUGGUGGUGUUGUUCCAGAAUUAGCAGCACGAGCUCAUAGUGAAAAUAUUGCUACCGUCUUACAAACAGCAAUUGAAAAAUCUAACAUUUCAAUUAUGGAUAUUGAUUUUGUUGCUUAUACUAAUACUCCUGGUCUGGCUAGUUGUUUACACGUAGGUAAAAUUAUAGCAGAAACUAUUGCUGCUUAUUUAGAAAAGCCAUUGCUUCCGUUACUUGGUUUAUUAGUUAGUGGUGGUCAUACACAGUUGAUGUUGGCAAAUGAACAUUUAAAUUUCAUUAUACUUGGUCAAACAUUAGAUGAUGCUGUUGGUGAAUGUUAUGAUAAAGUUGCAAGAAUGUUAGGUUUAAAAUAUCCGGGUGGUCCUGAAAUUGAACGAAGUGCUAAAUUGGGAAAGCCAACUUAUAAAUUACCAUUACCUAAAAAUGAUAAUAGUUUAGAUUUUAGUUUUAGUGGUUUGAAAUCAGCCUGUGCUAAUUUGAUAAAUAAAGAAAAAG